CUCGGGGAAAAAAGAAAAAAAAAAGAGAAAAUAAUAUUCAUCGAUUGUGUCAAAAAAAGAGUUUUUUGGUUUGAUUUGGGAAUUCGUGCGCGGCUGUGGCAGAAAGAGAGAGAGGCCAAACCCACCCGUGUACUCCAUCAUCCGUCGGAUCCACCAAAACCACCACAUUCAUCUCUCUCUCUCUAUCUCUUCAUCUCUUUGUUUCUUUUCGAACAAAAUUCGUCUCUGCUUCUGCACUUUUUAGGGUUUCUCUCGAUUUUUUUUUUUACGCUUUCUCUUAAAAAGGGUUGUUGACGAAAUAACCCUUUUGAGGAGGGGUUUGAGGAAGACCACGAAGGUGUAAGAAAUAAAGAAAGAAGAAUUCGAACACACAAAACCAUCCUCAACAAGAUAAAGUUACCAACUUUUUCCCUCUUCCUCAUUCCUCUGUUUUCUCCAAAGAUUCUAACUUUGGGUGUGAAUCUCUUCUUUCCCCUUUUGCUUCUUUCCUUGCCGCGUUUAACACGAUGACAUCUGCAAAACCCUACACUUUUCUCUACGCCAUUGUUGUAUCCCACGAUUUUUAUUUUCCUGGAGAUUUCUUGUUCUAACCCCUCCGAGCUACAAAGAUAAAAAAAAAGUUGCGAUUUUUUUUUUGAAUUCUGUUUUUUUUUUUGGUGUUCUUGUGCGUUAUGGGUUGUGUUCAAUGCAAAUGUUGUAGCCGGUACCCAUCGUCAUCAUCAGAUGGAGACUCUCGUGGACCUGUUGGAGCCAAUGGUGUUGUCAAAGGGAAAGAUCAGAAACCUCUUGGAUCUAUUCACGUUCCUUCUCCUAAUUUCGACAUGGUUUACUCUGUGUUAUCUCAGCGAGGCUAUUACCCUGAUUCACCUGACAAGGAGAACCAAGACACUUACUGCAUCAAAACCGAGCUUCACGGUAACCCAAAUGUUCAUUUCUUCGGUGUGUUUGAUGGUCACGGCGUGUUCGGUACGCAGUGUUCCAAUUUCGUCAAGGAGAGGGUUGUUGAAAUGUUGUCUGAAGACCCAACUCUGCUUGAGGAUCCGGAGAAAGCUUACAAGUCUGCGUUUUUGAGGGUGAAUGAGGAGUUACACGAUAGUGAAAUCGAUGAUUCGAUGAGUGGUACUACUGCCAUUACGGUUCUUGUUGUUGGGGAUAAGAUUUAUGUUGCCAAUGUAGGGGAUUCGAGGGCGGUUCUCGCUGUUAAAGACAGGAACAGGAUUUUAGCAGAGGAUUUGUCUUAUGAUCAGACGCCUUUUAGGAAAGAUGAAUGCGAGAGGGUGAAAGCGUGUGGGGCUAGAGUGCUGAGUGUGGAUCAAGUGGAAGGAUUGAAAGAUCCGAAUAUACAAACAUGGGCAAACGAAGAGAGCGAGGGAGGGGAUCCGCCGAGACUUUGGGUACAAAACGGGAUGUAUCCGGGAACCGCAUUCACAAGGAGUGUUGGAGAUUUUACAGCUGAGAGCAUUGGAGUUACUGCGGAACCAGAAGUGUCUAUGGUUCAUCUUUCGCCUAACCAUUUGUUUUUCGUUGUUGCAAGCGAUGGGAUUUUCGAGUUUCUUCCAAGCCAAGCUGUUGUUGAUAUGGUGGGGAGAUACGCUGAUCCGCGCGAUGGAUGUGCUGCAGCUGCAGCAGAGUCGUACAAAUUGUGGUUGGAACACGAGAAUAGGACAGACGAUAUCACAAUUAUCAUUGUACAGAUUAAAAAGCUGUCUAAUGAAUGAUUCAAAUUCCUAUUUGCCCCUUUGUUUGAUUCUGUACUGUAUUGUCACAGAUUCCUUCUAUAUAGCAGAUGUUUAAAGUAAUGCUUUCUCUCUCUCUGUUUCGUAUAUGAGCUUCUCUUACCAAGAGUAAAUGACGUGUUUACUACGCUAUUUGCUCUAAAACGUUGCUUGUUGCUGAGAAUAAGCUCUUGACGACA